ACGAACCAACUAAAGUACUUUACGGGAGAUCCAAGAUGUUUAAGAUCAUCGUCCUGGUUGCCUGUUUGGCUGCUGUUGCCUCGGCUCAGUUCGGAGGAGAGCACGAUGACCAUUACCAUUCGCAUCCGAAGUACAAGUACGAAUACGGCGUCAAGGACCAUCACACCCAUGACCACAAGAGCCAGUGGGAGCAGCGCGAUGGGGACCACGUCAAGGGACAGUACACUCUGGAUGAAGCCGACGGAACCCACCGGAUCGUGGACUACAGCUCGGAUCACAAAACCGGAUUCCAACCUCAUGUCCAGCGCAAAGGACAUGCCCAUCAUCCACACGGGGAGAGUUAUGCCAAUAUCGAACAGCAUUACUGAAACCGAUUUUGUCGAACGAUUUGACCAAUAAACCGAAAUAAAGAUCUCGUUGCAUGUGUGUGUAUGCAAUUG